CUUUACCUGAACUGCCUUUGAAGCUCUCCUGUUCCAGUUGCAUGUCUGGGUAGACGCCAUAGUUGUCCAUUUAACCUAUUCUUAGAUGUUACGAUCAGGUUCUCUUUUUUUUCUUCUCUUUUUUUUUUCUCUCAUAUUUGACUUUUACUAGCCACCAUUCUUCCUUUUAUCCAUCUUCAGCCCUUUCUUUCCCCUAGCUGCAACGUACUAUUGAUUAUUCGCUGUUGAUCUAAUUAAAGCACUAGUAUACUUAAAAUACAUCAAUAAGUGUUAUGAAUCAAGGCGCUUUUGACAUACAGCCGAUUGGCCGCUUCUAUGGAUCCAAUACUACGAUUCGCCGUCCAAGGGAGAUCACUUGCUUUUCAUAUGACGACCAGCACUCCUUUCACUUAGGGGAUUCGUCCCUACGAUACUACUAUCCGCCACAUCUUCCUGCAGACUUGAAUCACGGUUAUGAUACUUUCCAAAAGCUGGAUGAUUCAGCAGAUGAGCAUCUAGAUGCUCUACUAGAAACCAUCAUGGCCCUAGAAAAAGAGACAGGAAAGAAAUGUGAGGCCGACAUCAUCACCUGGAGGGGAAUGAUGACCAAAAUCCUGACGGCGCCAUUCGACAAUUUGAAUGGAUUCGAAAUGAAUGCGACCCGGUUCCAAGACACCAUAUUUAUUGAAGAGAACAAUCUCUACAAGAACCAGCAAAAACAGUUACAAAAGAAUCAAAGAAUGCCCCCAGGGAUGCCUUCUCAGGAUAUGAUGGCCUAUUGGGGGUACAAAUUCGAAACACUAUCUCUUCUCAACCAGCCAUGGGACUCAACGACCCGUGAAGAGAUCGAAUCCCGGGAUGAGCUAGUUGUGAACAACAACGCCCAAUACUGCUCAAUUGUACGUACAGGAAUAGGCAAGACGCGGCUGAUAAUCGGAGGCGAGGUUGAUGCCGUUUGGGACUGCAAGCCUGCUCGAAAGGAAGACAGUAUCCACUGGGUGGAACUCAAAACAUCUGCAGAGAUAAGGAAUGAUCGAGACGGUGUGAAAUAUGAGCGGAAACUACUGAAAUUUUGGGCACAGUCGUUCUUGCUUGGUGUUCCUAAAAUCAUUGUAGGUUUUCGUGAUCAGCGUGGUAUCAUCCAUCGCUUAGAAGAGCUUGAGACUGCCAGCAUACCAAAUAAAGUCAAAAACGCUGGUAGGGGUACUUGGGACGGGAACAUUUGCAUCAAUUUCACCAGUACUUUCCUCGAAUGGUUAAAAUCUACUAUUAAUGGGGACGGGAUGUGGAGAAUUCGAAAGCUCGAGAAGUCAUCCAUUAUUGAAGUUUUCAGACUCGAAGAGAGUGGAACGGGUGAUAUAAUUUCGCCAUCAUUCUCAGCCUGGCGGUCAAGGGCAUGAGGCCUGCCAGUCCUAGGCCAUGAGUUUUUCUCCAUCCGCCCAUUCAGAUUCCAGGAUGCUGAACUAUUACAUGCGUCGAAAUUCAAGC